UGUGGGUGGUUAUGGCGCACACACAUUCGGGCAGAAGCGCUGUCUUUUUUUCCGGGAGUCAGUAUAAUCUUGCUUUGGCGGUGGCGGUCGUCGCCAAUAUUUCAGAGGCAGAAAGCAGCGUACUAGGCACAAGAUGGCUCUCCUCAUCGAGCACCAGUUCAGACAGCUUCCUGCUGACAGGCAAGUGGAAACGCGACCAUUUCUGGAGGCUGUGUCGUACCUACCGCCCUUCUUCGACUGCCUCGGGUCUACGGUAUUUGCUCCUAUCAAGGCUGAUAUAUCAGGAAACAUCACAAAAAUCAAGGCAGUUUAUGACAGCAACCCGAGUAGGUUCAAGACACUGCAGCAGAUUCUGGAAGGGGAGAAGGAAAUGUAUGGAGCACAGUGGCCCAAGGUUGGAGCCACCCUGGCACUUAUGUGGCUGAAGAGGGGUCUACGGUUUAUCCAAAUCUUACUCCAGAGUCUGGUGGAUGGAGAGAAGGACGAGCAAAAUCCCAACCUUAUCCGAGUCAAUGCCACCAAAGCUUAUGAGAUGGCUCUGCGGAGGUACCAUGGCUGGCUGGUUCAGAAGCUCUUUCAGGCGGCUGUUUUUGCUGCUCCCUACAAGUCAGACUUCCUGAAGGCCCUGUCCAAAGGACGGGAGGUCAAGGAGGAGGAAUGCUUAGAGAAAGUCAGAAAAUUCCUUGUCAAUUUCUCUGCUACAGUUGACGCUAUCUAUGACAUGUAUACUAAGAUGAAUGCUGAGCUUGACUACACAGUGUGACCUCGGCUUGCUUCCCAUUCCUCCCGUGAUGCGCCUUGUUUAAACGGUAAUUUACACCCAGUAUCAAUCUCAACACAGUUACCCUCAGCUCCGUCAGUAACUUAUUGCGGGAGUAUCCCUGAUUCAUUGUUGUUACAUGUGAAAUUGUGCGUUUUUAUUCACCUGUGUGCCUUUGCUUGAUUUCCAUAUACGCCAUUCCCACAGCCGAGCACUUGAUAGCAGAUGUAGCUUCAAAGUUGGUAGCUCCGCGCUUUAUGGAUUCUUGUUUCUUUACAACAGGGACAUUACAGUAUAAGACUUCUUUUUUGUUUUUUCUAAUAACAAAUGCCUUCUAACAGAGUUGUAUACAGAAUCAAAACACCACUUAGGCAACUAAUGUUUUGGGGAAGCCAGCAUCAGGCCUAAAACUCCCUGUUAGUGGGAGCUAUUUAGGUGUUAGUUACUGGGAAUUUGAUAAAGCUAACUGGUAAUUACACAAAUCUGAAAUCUAUCUCUUGAAAUACUUGAAAAUCUGUUGUAUCAUAGAUUCACUUUUUAAGGGUUAUGGCCUUCUUCUCUGAUGUGAUCAUAUUCUGGAAGCAAAAAAAAAUAAUUUAUAUGCGAGAUUGCAUUCAUAUUUAUUUAUGAUAUAAGAAAGAAUAGGUAAGUAACAUGGGUAAUUACUGAGUGUUCACUUUCAAAAUCUUUUUGUUUUCUGAAAUAUGUUUUCACUGGAAAGCCAAUGUGGCUUUUUUAAAGAAGUAAGCCAGUUAGGUGAGGUGAUGCUAGCUGUGCGUGUGUAAAUGAGAAUAGCAUGGGGUACAAGCCAUAGCCGGGAGUCAUCCACACUGAGGACUUCUUGACUUAUUUAUUCGAACUUUAGCAUGUGACGUCUUCUGAGUAUCGAAAAGCACGCAAAGCAUUUCACUUGAAGUUAGAAGUGUUGUUUCAGAGGAAGUACAACAAGUGUCUUAUAAUGUUGGUCACCUACUUGUGCCUUAAUUUAGUGGUGCAGAGCACAGUCGAGACAGCUUGACUUUUCUGCCUUGACACAUUUUUAUACUGUAUGUUACCUCGAUUCAACCAGGCAGACCCAUCUAAACCAAAUUUCUACUGACAUUGAAAGCCUGUUCUGCCUUUUGACUUCAUAAGAUCUAACCAAACUUCAGACUUAACUUUCUUCGCCCAUGUUAAGCAAAUCAAAUCAAAAUCAAAUCAAUUUUAUUUGUAUAGCCCAAUAUCACAAAUUACAAAUUUGCCUCAGUGGGCUUAACAGCAACACAACAUCCUGUCCUUAGACCCUCUCAUCGGAUAAGGAACAACUCCCUAAAAAAAAACACCUUAACAGGGAGAAAAAAUAGGGAGAAACCUCAGGGAGAGCAACAGAGGAGGGAUCUCUCUCCCAAGACGGACAGCGUGCAAUAGAUGUUGUGUUUACGCAAUUUACACAGUACAACAUUGAAAGAGGAUAACAGAAUUAUAAUGGACUUAUAAAAUUUAUGAAGAAUAUGAUGCGCAGGAUGCCAACCAGUGUCCAGACGCCAUUGGAACAGUCCAGGACCCAAGCCACGCGACCAGCGUCAUCGUGUAAAAAAAAAAAAGGAUUUACAAAAAUAAAAUGUGAUGAGGGGAAUGGCAGGCAGCGUCCAAGUGGCGACCACCGUCACCACAGAGACCUGGGUGGACAACCGACUGCACGUGCACACAAGGGAGGCUCGCAUGACACCAUUCACACACAGAAAAAGAGGAAGGAGAAGACAUCCUUUCUCUUUGUGUGUGUGAAAGGAGAAGCAGCUGUUUCAUAUGUUUUAAUUAAUUUUUUUUAUUUCAAAAACAAUUUAUCACGAAAUUUGAGGUUUUAUCUUCUGUCCACCGUCUUCUCAGGUGCAUACAUAACAUUGACUGUAUUUUCUUUAACUCUUUAUCACUAUUGUGUGAAGGAUGCUGUUUUGGGUUUAUUGGGCAGAUUGGACAUUGUGCAUGCUUGAUGAUGCUGACAUGCAGACAAAACCCUGACCUUUCUAAGUGGGUGUACUACUGUUCCUUGUGGAAGUUACUGUGCAGCACAUACAUUAUGUGGAAGUGUGUAGAGUGCAACAUAUUUAAAUAUCCUGUAUUUUGAACUGAUGUGAAGCUUUCUUUCCAAUAAAAAUAUGUACAUUU